UCACACUCUGCUUUCCAGGCUGCAAAAUGUUUUUCAUCUUUUUCUCGCGGUGUUUUCUGGGAUUUGCUCUCUCGCUACAAUGGCUCAUAAUGACAACAGAAAUGUGUACGGCUCUCCAGCAAGAUACCAUACACGGGUCAGCACACAACUGCAUCCCGAUUAUGACUGCUUGCAAACGCGAAUAUUUAAAAUAAUUGUUAUUGGUGACUCAAACGUGGGAAAAACCUGCUUGAGUUAUCGGUUUUGUGGUGGGAAGUUCCUACAAAAUCCAGAAGCCACUAUCGGGGUGGAUUUUCGGGAACGCACUGUGGAAAUAGAUGGAGAGAAGAUCAAGAUACAGAUAUGGGACACUGCUGGGCAGGAAAGAUUCCGCAAAAGCAUGGUGGAACACUACUACAGGAAUGUUCACGCCAUCGUCUUUGUGUAUGACAUCACAAAGCUCUCUACCUUUGAGAGCUUGCCAGACUGGAUUGAGGAAUGUGCCAGACAUUCCGUCUCUCCUUCCGUGCCACGGAUCAUGGUUGGCAACAAGUGUGACCUAACGGACACAUGUCAGAUCUCUACUUCCUGUGCCCAGAGGCUGGCAGAUAACUAUAACCUGCCCUUGUUUGAGACUUCUGCAAAGGACCCCUCUGAAAAAGAGCAUGUUGAUGCCAUUUUUAUGACCCUGGCUUACAAGCUGAAGAACCACAAACCCUUAAGACUGAAACAGCUACCUCGGGAGAGCAGUAUGGUACAUCUUUCUCAGGAAGAAGAUGCCCAGAACCCUUGUCUGUGCUAAGGUUUUCAUUUCCUGCACACUUGUGAUAGCACUGUCAUGCACUGUGUUUUGACUUGAGGGUCAAUCCAGUCUCAGAAUCCAGUGCUGACUCAUGUUCUUGCCCUGCUAUACAAUGACAUUCAAUCCAGAGAUUCACAUUGUUUCUAUUGCAGAUGUGUGUAAAGGGCAUAGUCUUAGACCUGGAGAUUUGAAACCUCUGGCUUUCUCUUCUAUUGGCAAGAGGAGGUUUGAGUUCUGUGCUGCUACAGAAAAUUCAAGAUAAUCAGUCAGUCAGUCUUAAGAUAUCAGUACCUUACAUCUUAUGUUGUUACAAUCAUUUUAAAAGCAUGUUAUUAUUUAUUUAAAUGAAUAUAUUAGUAUAUUUUGUAUGCUAAGUUAGUAGUAUUGUUUUGAAGGGGAGGGGUGAUCUAAGUUUUUACUAAGGAUCAUUUUCACAUUAGGCAAAUAUCCUGCAGGAUUCAGGUACAUGUAUGUAUUUGUUUAAUAAAUUGAACUGUACAGUAUAUGGAUAUGUGUAUUGAAGGAAAGCAUACAGAGAU